AUGUCGGAUGUCGAGACAGACUCCGUCGAGCAAGCGGUGGCAGAUCUCUUCCUUGCCUCCACGGUCGGUCGUUCAAAUCCCUCCGAUUCAUAUGACUGUGGUUUCCAGUUGGAGACCUUUCGGGCAAUUCACCCCGGUGUCAUUCGCGCAGUCCCGGCCUACAAGGUGCUCGUCGGCCGUGGGCGAGCGCUCAGAGGGCGAGCAGAGGGUUUGCACAAGGCCAGUUUCGAGACCGAGACGAUUGAGGAGUUCUGGUCUCACAGCUGGCAUGCGCCAGCCUGGAUGAAGAUUGUCACUCUGACGUUCGUCAACAACUGCCGCACAGCAGCCUCGUUGGGUAUGCUCGCGGCAAUCACUGGGUUCACCCUGGGCGUGGCAGAGGCAUUGCCACACAAGCUCGCACCGCGGAUUCGUUGUCCAUGGUGUGCGCUGCUCGGGGCAUUGGUCUAUAUUGCAUGUCUCCUCUUCUGGCGGCGGUCGAGCAAGGUAUUCCUGGACAUAAUUUGUAUAGAUCAAGAUGAUGUGCAUUUGAAGAAGGCUGCACUGACGAGCAUGGCGGCAAUCCUGAAACAAUCGGAGGCAUUGCUCGUCGUGUGGGAUGCAACAUGGGACGCCAGAUUGUGGUGCGUUUUCGAGCUUGCAGCCUUCUUGCAAUCUCGUCGCACUGGGUCACGGGCAAAGCUGUGCGUGCGUCCAAUCACGCUGGGGCCCGCGCUGCUGUCGGGCAGCUGCGGCCUUUUAGUGGCCAGCCUUACUUUGUCCACGAACGUCGUGCAGAGCUACACUGACUUUGAAGCGACCAUAGCAUUAACCAUGGUGCUCUCAUUUUGCUGCUUGCUUUUCGCAGCACACCUGGGCCGCAUCUUCUGUCGCAACCUGGACAUGCUCCAACGGCAGCUAUUGCAGUUUAGUAUAGAGCACGCCAAAUGCGCCUGCUGUGAGACGGACGAUUGCAAACGGGUCGAUCCCAAGACGGGCCACCAGUUUGCGUGUGACCGAGAGGUCCUCCUGCAGGUCAUUGCGGCUUGGUUUGGUAGCAUCUCCAAGUUCGAGGCUUUGAUCCAUGGCGAGGUGAGAAGAAUUCUGUUCUGUGAACUCACCAGUGUACGCUUCAUUUACGGGUAUGUGUGUGCCGCCACCAUCUGCUUACUGUGGUUUCAUAUGGAUCAAGCUAUGGAUGCCAUCCGUGCUGGAAGGGUGUCAGCGAGUGAGGGGCGAGUAAUGGCGUUCCGCUGGUUGGUUUGGUGGUUGGUCCUCGAACCUCUCCUCUUCAUCGUCUUCGCUGGCUUUGCCUGGGCACUGCGCAAGCGCUGCGGAAGAUACCUGGUUGUAGAUCUUCUUGUAACGGCGCUGGCCAUGACUCCAUCAGCUGCAAUUUUUAUUGGCUUCAGCAUACUGGAGCAACGCCUGGAUAGUGCACGCUCUGUCACAGGCGGACUCAUCUUCGCAGCUGUUGCGGGGACCAGCUCUCUUUGUGCCUGGCUUGCCGUUUGCAAGUUCCUUCCUCGGGGCCUGCCAAAGUUCUCUUGA